GCUCUCAGAAAAUUUACCCAGAGUUGGGAAAAAAUUAAACAAGCUAUCUAUCUUAAAUUCGACCUACCUCAAAAUGUAUUUGAGUCACCAGUUAUGAGCCAGUCAACUGCGUCACAAGCAGUAGGCCAGUUAUAUGCUCCAACAACAGAAAGGCUUACAACUACGUCACCCACAGAAGGCCAAUCAACUACAGGACCAAGGACCCCACCAACAGAAAAUGUCCAAAUUUCAUCACCAACAGAAGGCUGGUCAACUGUGACACCACCAUAUCCAAAAUCCAAGCCAACACCAGUCAAUCAUUAUGCCGGGGCAUAUAAUGUUCCCUUUGAAUAUUACAGCGGAAGAAAACGAGGAAUUUUUUCUACCAAGGUACGUUAACAGAAAAAAAAAGUUGAUUAAAGUAUUGAUUCAAUAGUGCACAAACGCUCGCGGUAAAUUUUUCAACAGUACGUCCUCAAGCCGGUUAAGCUAGAUUUAAUCCCAUGACCUCUGUGACAAAUGAGCUAACUUCUCUCCAUCUUAACAGAUCAAGGAGAGAGUUAACGAACUGUAGGUUGGUAACAUAUGACGGACGUCGAUGAUAACUAAAAUUAGUCUGAAUGAAUAGCAGUAGCGAAAAGCCCCGGCUUUGAAAACCAAAACAAUGGGGGAUGAAUCGCGUUUUUCAAGCUAAAGUUGUUUUGCUUCGAUAUUUUUGACCAACUAGUUGGAUUUUACUAAAACAAUUACAGUCGACUCCCGAUAACUCGAACCUUCAAGGGAAAUGGAAAAAGGUUCGAGUUAUCGGGAGUUCGAAGAAAAUAGCCGAGAGAAAGGUAAAAAACAGUUUUUACUGCACAGUGAACAUUUUAAUCACAAUUAAUCGUAGAAAUGUCAAGUGAAAAUUAAAAGAUACUUUUAGAUUAUAAAUCAGAACGUAACGUAACAAAACAUAGCCUAAACAGAGCAUGCGUUUUACUGUUUUGAGAAGAAAAGCUGCUUCACGUUAGCCUGUGACAAUCAACAUUAGCCUCCACUAGUAAACUAUACUCCUACAACAAAAUUGGUUCGAGUUAGAGGGAGUUCGAGUUAUCGAGGGUUCGAGUUACCGAGGGUAAAAUUACAGUGAAUUUAUGACGGAAAUCCAGGGGAAAUCAAUUUUGGUUCGAGUUAGCGCGAGGUUCGAGUUAGCCAGGGUUCGAGUUAUCGGGAGUUGACUGUAUUCCUCUCGCCUCAUGGCCUCUAAGUCAAUAGCCAUUAACUGAGAGCCCAUUCGGGCUCGAGGAAUAAUUGUUAAAUACUUGCACGGGGAGGUUGCUAAGCACGAAAGAAGCGAAGUGCGACUCUAACUUCUUUCAAUUCGUGCUUAGCAAUCCUCCCAAGUGCAACUAUAACUAAUUUCUGUGCGUGAUUUUUUUAUAUACACCAAACUAACGAAAGUAUGGCCGGUCUGUGCAGUCAGAGGAUAAUAUUGGUGCCAAGUCUAUAGAUGCAAGGAAA